GCCCCCUGAGCUGCUCUGCCAGACCGCAUGCUCCGCCUUCUGCAAACGGCCAUGGGGCAGCGGCUUGGGUAAGUUCCCCUUCCGCUUCCUCCUGCCUCCUGUCCCGCUGCUGCUGCUCCCCUGCUGGUGGCCUCGCCAGGCUCUCCACACCCCUGGUGUCUGCAGAAGUGCUCUACGCCCUGAGCUGUCACCGCCGCUGCCUGCCAGGCCCCGGACACGAUGCAGGCCAUCAAGUGUGUGGUGGUGGGAGAUGGAGCCGUGGGCAAGACCUGCCUCCUGAUCAGCUAUACCACCAACGCCUUCCCGGGAGAGUACAUCCCCACCGUGUUCGACAACUACUCGGCCAACGUGAUGGUGGACAGCAAGCCGGUGAACCUGGGGCUGUGGGACACGGCCGGGCAGGAAGACUACGACCGCCUGCGGCCGCUCUCCUACCCACAGACGGACGUCUUCCUCAUCUGCUUCUCCCUCGUCAGCCCCGCCUCCUAUGAGAAUGUCCGAGCCAAGUGGUACCCCGAGGUGCGGCACCACUGCCCCAGCACACCCAUCAUCCUGGUGGGCACCAAGCUGGACCUGCGGGAUGACAAGGACACCAUCGAGAAGCUGAAAGAGAAGAAGCUGGCGCCUAUCACCUACCCGCAGGGCCUGGCUCUGGCCAAGGAGAUCGACUCCGUGAAAUACCUGGAGUGCUCGGCCCUCACCCAGCGAGGCCUGAAAACCGUCUUUGAUGAGGCGAUCCGGGCCGUGCUGUGCCCCCAGCCCACGCGGACGCAGAAGCGCCCCUGCAGCAUCCUCUAGGGGUGGCGCCCAGCCCUCCCAGCCAGAUGGUUGUGACUCUCCAGGAGCCCCACCCAAAGCCCGAUGGCACCCCAGCUGGCCACACUGUCCCCUCCCUGUGGCGUUUCCUAGCAGAUGGCUGCAGAGCUUGGCUGAUUGCCUUCUCCAUGCUGGAGGCCCCCUGGGCCCGCAGGGUAUGAAUCUGCAGGUGCUGCGUCCUGCUCCCCUCCCGCUCCUGCCUUCCUGGGGGCCAGAAGGGAGCCCCGGGACCCAAUGUCACUCCUGUGCCACCGCGGUCAGUGCUGGCUGCUGCGUGUGGCAGCAUGUACCUGUUUACCCCACUCCCAGCCAAUGCCUGAAUCCCUUCUGGAAACUUCCGGCCAGACGAUCACUGGCCACCACUUGUAUACCUUCAGGGACGGGUCUCUCCCUCCCUCCGGGGGCAGCCUACUUCAGUACUGAUGGUCCUGCUUGUCUGAGAGUUCUACUGAGCUAAAUGAGUGUCAGAACUUUG